GUGGCGGCACUCCACACUUUUUUUUCUCUCUAAUUCUCGUAAACUGCCAGCGGCUGCCGUGCCUCGAAAUCGAGAGCCACCGUCCACACAGGCUGGUCCAUCUCUGCCGGCGCGCAAGCCUUUCUUUCUUGUGCUCUUCUUGCGAAUCGCGUAGAGGCAAGAGCGGUCCAGAAGUCUGUAUUUUCAUCCCUCCCCCCUUUUUUCUUUAUUAUUAUUAUUAUUAUUAUUUUCGCUCAUCGGCAUGGCGCACGUCGUCUCCACGAAAUCGCACGUCGCUGGCGCCGCGCAGCGCGUUGCUGUGCGCGAAGGCGAACCUGAACAACCCCAGCAGAAGCCGCAACAGCAGCAGCUCUACGCCGCCUACGCAACGGUGUACGCCGCCCACUCUACCGCUUUUCAGCUCCUCGCAGAAGGCGUGACCCUCUUCGCAGCCGAGUGCUCUCCGACCGCUGAGGCAGACAAGCCGCUCCCGUCACCUACCCACCCAAGCACCGCAGAGGAGCGACGGUAUACCGUGGAGGACUUGCUUCUGCGCUUCACCGACCUGCAAACGGCUCUGUCGCCGGCCAGCUCCAUCACUUGUACCACGCAGGAGGGAGCGGAGAGCAGCGAUGACGGAAGGAACGACGGUGAGGCGGCGGUGCAGGAGGCCGUUCGGGUCUUAGAGGCUUGCCUGCCUGCAGACUUGCGGGAGUCGAUGCGGUUGCCCAACGCGCCGGUAUACGCGGCUGCCGCUGCACCGGCGGUGCUCGCCUGCCCCUCCGAUGUGGUGCAACUUGCCCUGCUCCUCCGUCGUCACUGGACCUUACAGCGCGACAUCUGCCUUUGCAUUCCAGCUCUUCUAGAUAUUUUCUCACGUAUGCAGACAGAGCCGGCGGACGCCGCGAGUCGCGCCCAACACACCGAGACGCCGGUGAACGCGCCGCAGCUGAGUGUGGUCCUGGCACUCGCCGUAUUGCAGCUGCGCCACGCCGGGGACACCCUCGAGACCCGGCCGUCUUCCCAGGAGAACGAGGCCAUUUACACGCCCACCGAGCAGUGUCUUAUACACUCCUUCGCCCAGCCGCUGGUCGCCUCCGCCUCCAACACGGUCUUCACGAUGCUCCCCCUGUUUCUCUGGCAGGCCUGGGCGGAGUGCGGCGCAGCGAGCAGAAGAAGCAAGCAGCAGCAAAUAACCUCGUCUGCGCGACAAACCGAAGUAGCCGGUGACCGCGAUGAAGUGACAGCCUCUCUCCUUUCGUCCAGAGAAGCCGCCGCCGCGCACGGCUACGCCACGGCAUGUGCGAUGACGAAGCAGCUGUGCAGGUGGGAGGCGCAUCUAGCCGUGUACGUGCACGCACAGCUGGCGAGCCUUGCCUCCUCUUCGCCAACGCCACCGCCGCCGUCAGAAAGGGAAGGGGGAGAGAAAGAGGGGGACAGCAAUCGAAGCCUCUUCACGACGAAAACCGACGCGUCUUUUCUCGCGUCGGUGCAGACGGAGCUGGGUGGGCUGCGGGUGGCGUGCACCGCUACACAGCUUCUGUGGCUCACCAUUGCAGCCUCGCUUUACCCGUCACCGUCGUCCUCUCCUCCUCUUAUGGAACAGGAGGAGGAGCAGCAGCAGCAGCAGCGUUUGCAGGUGCUGGCAGUUGUUUUGAAGCGUUGCGGGAAGGUCGAGAAGCUGCUCCGCUCAUUGUGGUCGAGCGAGGCGACGGCACGCCUGCUGCUGCCUGGUGUGCUUCUGUGGCUCGGCUAUGCCACCGAUGCGAGGCGUCACGCAGAAGGCGGCAACGACGGUGGAGAGAACAGCAGCAGUAGCAAUCACAGCUACACCCCGUCACAGGAAUGCCGCUACUACUGGCAAGAAGCGUAUACGCUGGGUCAGCAAGUCCUUGGACGCUUGCACCCUUUUGUGGAGAAGCUCGCCAGCUUGCUUCUGCACUCCACCACCGCCGCAGCAGCAACAACUCCAUCGCCCACACCCGACGAGAAGCCUUACGAAGCGAAGAAGAGGCUCUCAGCAGAUGCGGGGGGCAUCCACCGAGCUGCUGCGCUUGCCCCGACGUAUCGCGCCACCACUCCGCUGAUCCCAACGCAGCUGCCCGCCCGCUCGUCUGCCCUCCCCGCUCUACCACGCGGCACUCCAUCGUCCACUUUCCUGCCAAAGCUGCUGCCGCCUGUGUCUUCGCAGCAGCAACAGCAGCAGCCUGUACGCACCGCGACAACACCGAAUCCCCGUCUUUCCCCUUCUCCACCCCCUCCCCGUCUGCCGGCCAGCUCGAGCGGCUUCGCGUUCGCCGCUUCCACGAUGCCACGCCCGCCCGGCGCCUCGCGUGCCUUCACGACGGCCUCCUCCUCCGCGCCAUCACAGCAUCAACAGCAGCAACAGGUCGACAAGCCCGCGUCCACCCAACGCGCGCGUCCACUGCACACACUACUGCGUACGAUGCAUGAGCCGCAGUGGGCCGGCGGGAACGGCGGUGUCGGUGGGGCGCCAGACGCGUUUCGCAAUACGUUCCCGCCCCCGCAUCCAUUCCUGUUCUCCGCGGAUGCAGCGACGGCUGCUGAUGGGGGCACGGCUGCGGCUGCUGCCACGCUGCCCGGCACAGCCGUCGCAGCUCCGAGGCCGCCACAGCUGCCACGCGGGAAGCAGGCACUCCCCACACGCACGCAGGGCCGCGAGGCGCUCCGCCGCUGCUACCGCCUGCGCAACCCAGAGGACGCGUUUACCCUCUUCAGCAGUGUCCGCGACGCCGUUUUUGGAUCGGAAGCAGCGCGCAAGGCGUCGACGGUGCAGGGUAAAGAAAAGAAAAGGAUGAAGGAAGAGACAAAAGGAAAGCGGGAGACGAUCGCGUCAACGGAGGCGCUGCUACUCUCCGCAGACACCGAGGACUCCGUGUCGUUCCUGAACGACUCCUCCGCCGGACAGGACGCGGGGUCGCCCAGCAACCGACCGCAGCGGCGGCAACGGCCGGAUCGGCAGCUGCUGCCCCCGCUGACGGAGGUGCGACGGACCGCCAGCGCGAACAGCAAAAAAUCGAAGUCGGGCGACCCCGCGAGCCCGUCCACGAACCCGCCCUCCUCACGUGCGCGCGGACGCGAGGCGCCCUCCUCGCACACCUCCGUGAAUGACGACGGCCGAUCGGCGGAGACGCCCGCGUCGAACUCUCGAAAGAGUACCGCGUACUUCGCCGGUAGCUCUCGCACGUCGGUGAAGGAACGCGAAGAGAGUGAAGAGCAGCAGGAAGAGGACGAAGAAGAGGACGAAGAAGAGGACGACGACUACAACGCAGAAACGCUGCCGCAGCGCAACGCACGGCUCCAACGGGAAAUUCGCACCUACUUUGCCCAGCUAAACGUGCGGCGGGUGCAGGCGGCGGCGGUCAUUCAGCGCGCCUGGCGGUGCAGCCGCGCUCGACGAAUUCUGCACACCCGACAGCAACUGCUCUACCGCUUCGUUUACAUCAUCCAGAAAGCGGCCGCACUGGCGAUCGAGAGCUUCGUGCUGUGUGUGUGGGAGCAGCAGAAGCGGCGUGCAGCGCUCGCGGCGCGGCACGCGGCCGACGCGCAACGUCGAUCGCUCGAGCAGCGUCAGAUCGCCGCCGCGGAGGUCUUAACGCGGGCGGCACGGCGGUGGGGUCAGCAGCGGCGUGAGCGGCGGCGCCUGCGUGCGCAGCUCAAUCUCGAGCGGGAUGCACGGCUUCGGCUGUACGACGUGACCGCCGUGACGGUGCAGCGCUGGUGGCGGACGACGCAGCCGCAGAAGGCGUACUGGCGACGCCGCAAUGUGGAAGUGGAGGAGCAGAAGCGUCUGCGGGCGGAGGCGGAUCGCCUUGCACGGGCGGCCACCGUCAUUCAAAAACGGGUUCGUGGGGCACAGGCGCGAGGUCGUGUCAAGGAGCUGAAGCGCACCCGCGCCGCGGAGGCACUCGCGCUGCGCCUGAAGCGCGAUGCCGCGGUGACGGUGUUGCUAAUUGUGCUGCAGGAACACGUGUGCCAUGAAACUCGUGUCGCCCGCGAGGCACAGGCACGACAAGAGAACGCAGCGCAGUGCAUCGCCGAUGGCUGGCGCUCGACGGUGGCGCGGCGCCGAAUGGAGGUAGCGCUGCAGCGUGCACGUCAGCUCCGCACCGCCGCUACGUGUAUGCAGCGGGCGUGGCGACGCUACUUUGCCUGUCGACAGCGCCGCUACCUUCGGCAGAUCCGCCGCACCUUGCAAGAGGAUCGUCUCGCGCGUGAGCUUCGUCUGUCGAUGGCGCUGGUGUCGGUGCAGAGCGCGGCUCGCGGGGCGCUGGCGCAGCUGCUGGCAUACAACCUGAAGGCGCGCGUGGGCCGCACCUUCUACGAGUCCGUCCUUCUCCUGCAGGCGGUGUCGCGAGCUGGGCAGGCCCGUCAGGUGCUGCGGCAGGCGCGGCUGGUCGACCACGCACGGCGACUCGCCGCGACGGUCGCACUGGCGCAGCGCCGCCGCCACGCGAGCUGUCUCGUACAAACAAUGCUCCGCGCACAGGACGCGUCCUACGCCGUCCAGCAGCGACGUCGGCGCCACCUCGAAGAAAAACUGCACAUUUACUCCACCGCCGUGCGCGAGAUGCGCCACGACGCCGCCGCCAUUGUGGUGCAACGUGCCGUUCGCCGUCACCAGCAACGCCGGCGCACAGCCGCGGCAGAGGCUGAGGCGGCCGCAGCCCAGCAGUACCUUCAUCUGACAGCUCGAUCUGUGCAGCAGGCGUGGCGGGCACACAGUUCGCGGAAGGAACGUCGCCUCCGUGCCGCCGCGGUGGCGCGCUGUGCGCAGAAGCGGCAAGAACAGGAGGAGGUGGCGGAGCUGAUCUGGCGGGAUCAGAUGCGGGAGCUGGACGUGCUGUGUACGCUCGAGCAGCACUACCUGGCAGAGUCAGAGCACGCCGCGCGAGUGGGCCUCUAUCAGCGCUGGAUGCACCCAGACGAAGCAGAAACCGAUGCGCAAGUCACGGAGAGGUCAACGCGACAGAAUUGCGCUGAUGUGAACCGGUGGGCGGACCUAUAUGUAGAUUAG